GGAACUGUCUGCCCUAUCUCCUUCGUCAAGGAUACUCUGUUCCCUUACGCCUUGAAAGCUCUCUCAAGCGUCAUUCACAAACGAUGGGACUCUGCAGACUUCAGACCCUACCGUGAUGCCUUUCCUGCCGAGGCACAAGCAUCUCCCGAAGCCUUCGAAGAUCACGUCAAGGACUUGACAGCCCGCGAUGUCAAGAUUGCCUAUCUCAAGAACCUGCAGGGUGAGUCAUACACCAAUCCUCGGCCACUCUUAUCUCAGGCCCACAUAGGUGGAAAAUGUCUGACUCGAACUUUUGUUUUGUUAANNGGCUAUCUAUGGCAGGCCGGCUACGAGAACGGCGCCUACUCCACUCCUCUGUUCGACGAUGUCGCUCCUCAGCUAAAGCACUGGCAUGACUCAUCUAAACAGCUUGUCAUCUACUCCUCAGGCAGUAUAUUCGCGCAGAAGCUGCUCUUUGGGCAUGUCAAGGACCCACUCGGCGAAGCGGAUGAGAAACGUACGCAAAACCUCCAGGGAUUGAUCGACGGUUGGUUUGAUACGACCAACGCUGGCCUGAAGCAUGAUGCCAGCAGCUACACCAAAAUCGCCCAGGAGUUAGGCAAGCCCGCCGACAGUAUCCUCUUCUUGAGUGAUAACGUAAAGGAGGUUCAGGCUGCCCUUGAGGCAGGCAUGCAGUCUGUGGUUGUUGACAGACCUGGCAAUGCCCCUCUGAGCAAAGAAGACAAGGCCAAGUACCAGGUCAUUGAGACGCUGAACGAGAUCAGCCUCUCUCCUGCACAGAUCGACUACAGAUUCAUCAAG